AUGGCAGACGACGAACAGGUUACACAAACAGGGCCCAAGGGGGUGAUUAAUGACUGGAGGAGGUUUAAGCUGGAGAGCAUGGACGUGGAGAACCUGCCCCAGAAGAAGAAGGAGCUGCUCCGGCAGAUGAGCUCGCCAAACAAACCCAACGACGGCCGGGGAGGACUCAACCGCAAGAUGAGCGUGCAGGAGUACGAGCUGAUCAAGGAGGACAUGGCGGACGAGCAGUGCCUGAAGCGCUACCGCAAGAACUGCAUGCAGGAGAUGCACGAGCGGCUGAGCUUCGGGCCGCGCUUCGAGGGCGUGCACGAGCUGGCGGACGGCGAGGCCUUCCUGGAGGUCAUCGAGAAGGAGCACCGCAACACGGUGGUGGUGGUGCACAUCUGGAAGGCCGGCGUGGCCGGCUGUGACAUGCUCAACGGCUGUCUGGACUGCCUGAGCCUGGAGUACCCCACCGUCAAGUUCUGCCGCAUCAGCGUGGAGGCCUCGGGCGCCGGCGAGAAGUUCUCGGACGAGGUGCUGCCGGCGCUGCUGGUCUACAAGGCCGGCGAGCUGCUGGGCAACUUCCUGGCCAUCACGCAGAACUUCAACGCCGAGUUCUUCGCCACCGACGUGGAGGCCUUCCUCAACGAGUACGGACUGCUGCCCGAGAAGGACGCCGCCAUGAUGGACACGGAGGACGCCGACGUGGAGUAG